AUGGACACCGUUAAGGCGACGAGAUCUAAGACGAACGCACGCAAAGAACCUGAGUCUUUACCAGGAAAUAUUUCCAACCCUGCGCAUCCCCCAAAAAGCCAGGAAGUCACGGGUAUGAACCCUGCCAUCGACCCACAUGAUAGUGACGAGGAAGGUUCAGUCGACCUGAUUUCCAAGAUUCCAGUCCUAUCGACAGAGACGAUUAAAGACGUCAUCGUCAACACCUCCGUCCCGCCGGAAGAGGACUUGCCGGCAGAACGCGCAGCGGAACGUUCCCACGUAUGGGCGAAGAUGAAAGAAGCCCAAACCGCCAGAGAUAACCUUUUAACAAAGAUACUCCUAAAAGCAUAUAACGAUUUAGAAGCAACAGCUGUCGAUUCCCUACCAAAGAUGACCAGAUCACUAUCAGCACUUCCAGUAAUGACAUGCACGUCAGAAGAUUUGAUGCCGAAGAAGACUCGAGCAAUCGAAACAGAGACGGAACUCGAAGACAACUUAGUCUAUGCUGUCGGCGCCGUUACCAGUCACCAAGACAUAGGGUUUACACCAUACUUCGAUGAAAAUAUCAAGAAACUCAAAGCUCCUUUACCUCUGACCAUAUUCGACAGAGAAUGGCAGAAAAAGGCCCUAACCGCCCAUCUAAUGAUGAAACCGUCGAAAAACUCUGACGAUAAGGCGUAUAGAGGCCUAGCGUACCACGAUGAAUGGACGCAAUCCCACUCUUCCUGGACUAACAACCACAGAUCAUUUUACAUAACCUUGAGGGAUGUAUAUAACAAAGGGAAGUUUGCGGAAAAACUGCGAAUUCACAAAGAGAAUUGCGACGCAAUAUCCGACGUGUAUGGGUUCAUGACAGCUUUUCGGUACGACAUGCAAAUAAGAAUGAACGCCUUUGCACACCGUUUACCAUCGAAAGACGGUGCAGCCAUACCUGACAUCUCGGUUAAACAGUCCGUCGUGGUAGAACAAUGUUACAGCAUAGUACGUUCCUACGGCGAAGCUAGCUGGAAGGAUAACUUGUACGCACCAGGGGCAUCACACGCAAGCUACGAUCCAGACACCGGUACGAAACGUCCAGAAUUAACCAAAUCAGUUUCUUACCCACUAAAUCAUCAACAACAAGGAGCUAUUGCCUCCGGUCGCGGGAACCAUCAAGAAAGGAGAAAGGAAAAGAGGUGGAACAACCAAAACCAAGGUUGGGGACCAAGCUACAAUCAUUAUCAAAAUCCCAUGUAUAAUCAAUUUCAACAACCUUUCAUCAACGGAUACACCAACUCUUUCCAAGAUUCACCUAACCAACGCCAAUACGCGAAUCAAAGCAAUUACAGUUAUAACAAUCAAGGCCAAUCAUCCAGCUCCGGUUACGGUUGGGCAAAUCAAAAUAAUUCUUCUGGUUCCGGAGAGAACCGCAAACGCUUCAGAAGUAAUGCGAGCGGUCCGGGUGAUGGGGGAGGAAGAGGGACAGCAGGGAAAGAUGGGGAUUCUGGAGGAGGGAAACAGUAG